AUGGCCUCUGACUGUCGAUCGCCUAGGAUGAUCCUCAGGAGGGACUACAAUCAGCAGGAUGUCGUGGCGAUUGCUGCUACCGACGACACGCUCUAUGUAUGCGCCGCUUACGGUGCGCUGGUGAUGUACAACUACAUCACGACCUUCCCGCGCGAGGUCGAGCUCUACUGGAUGCCUUGCAAGCUCUCCGGACCCGCCGUCAUCUUCUUCACGAACCGAUACGCGCUCGUGCUCUACGCAGUUGCUUCCGUCCUCAACUUGCCCGCAUGGAGUACACCACUUAGGCACGUCUCGCCGUACACGAUGAACCUCAAGAACAAGACUGCGGCGUGCGUCGCGCUCGUCCUCGGGUUGACGCCCUUCGUUAUCAACAUCCAGUCAUACUCGUACAUCGGCGAGGACGGCCUCUGCAUGCGGACGCGGUACUACUCUACCACGACUGGAACCAUCUGUAAGGCCAUCGCCCCCUCACUGAAUUCUGAAGUGAGCUACGCCGCCUGGGCGGGCGUCGUCCUCGCGGACCUGCUCGUCGUCGCCGUGACGUGGGCGCGCACGUACGCGUUCGUGCGCUGGGCGCGCCGGGCGAAGAUCGCGAGCCCGCUUGUCACGCUCUACCUCCGAGAUGGGACGCUGUACUUUCUGGCGAUCCUGCUCGUCAACACCGUCGAGCUGUGCAUCAACCAGAGCUGGGUGCAUGCGUCUACGUCCACGUCCACCUCAUCCUCGACGCCUUCCUCGAGCACGCUAUCGGGCUCCUCCGUGAAUGCGCGCGACGACUGGUACACCAUCGUCCCGCUCGCGCCGAUGCUCGUCUCGCGCUUCCUCCUCCACCUCCGGCAGGUCUCCUCGCUUGAGCCGGGGGCCGAUCCCGAGCCGGAGCACGACUCGUGGCCCUGGGCAGGCAAGGACCGGGCGGACGGGCCAGGAGGUGCGGCGGGAAGUGCGACGUUCUCGUUGAGGCUCGUGGGGAACAUGGGCGCGGAGCUUGAGUUCGCUUCGUUGAGGGAUAGCGACGAGGUGGGUGAAGGGGACGAGGAGGAGCCCGAUCUGACAUGGACAGGGUCAUAUCUUGAUCCCAAGGGAUGUACAAGAGUGUGA